GUCUGCCGGGUCGAGAGUACGUUCGUGCGCCGCGCUACAUUCAACCCACGAUCUUAAAUACGAUCGCACUAAAGCGAUUCACAAUAUUCAUCACAAACUCUUCAAUCCUAUGUUAUUUAUGUGCCGCAUUUAGUGUUUUUGUUUAUCCGUAUUUGUGUUGUGUAUUUUGUUUUAUUUGAAAUCGAAGGUUUGCGUACCGGACGCAACUAUUGUGAUACAAUGUUCAUUCAACGGCCGUUAACGCGAUGAAGAUGCCUCUAAUAAACCAUAACUCCAUUUCAUGAGGGUAAAUUGAGCAGCAUGAUUUUAAAGAUAGGAGGGAAGCCUCCUGCAAAAGCACCGGCACCUGCUAAGGUAGAGAAAGAAGUGAAAAAGACGAAAUGCGAUGACAAAUGUCCAGGGGAUCCUUGGAUGUACUGUGUGGUGUUAUGGUGUGCGUGUGCCAUGAGCCUGAUUUCGAGCGGGUAUAGUCUGUACAAGCAGCAGGGUCUGCAGGAGAGGUUGGCAGUGUUAGAAGAGCAGCACUUUGCGUUAAGGAGUGCGGUGCUGGAGCCGCAGCAGCCGCUGGUGGAGAGGCUACGGCGGGAGGUGCUGGCACGGCCGCCGCCUAACUGGAGGGCGAGGAGGAGCAUCAGAGAUUAUGGACAAUGCGGAUGCCCAGCAGGUCCACCGGGGCCUCCAGGCAAGCGAGGAAAGAAGGGCAAGAAGGGCGACACUGGCGAGGCAGGGCCGCCGGGUUUAACGGGAGCACCUGGGAAGAAUGGAUUCCCGGGGAGCAAGGGCGAGAAGGGAGAACGAGGCUUCAUGGGCCCCAUUGGGCUGGACGGCCCAAAAGGAGAUCCGGGACGGCCCGGGGACAAAGGGCAGAAGGGCGAGCACGGCAGCCCUGGGUUCGACGUCUUCUCUGCCAUUAAGGGGCUGCAAGCGGCCGGGCACAACGUCUCCGCCAACACCAUCAUACAGCUCAAGGGAGAACCCGGAGAGCCAGGACCCCCAGGACCACCAGGUGGUGCGGGCCCUGAGGGCCUGCCGGGCCACGACGGGCGCGCGGGGCCUGCGGGGCCUGCCGGGGCCCUCGGCGCGCCGGGCCCUGUCGGGCCGGCUGGACCCGCCGGACCACCGGGACCAAGCGGACCGCAGGGACCGAAGGGAGAUCGAGGAGACAAAGGAGAACGUGGUUUCACGACAACACUGAAGGGCGACGCUUUCCCCACCGGCAUCAUUGAGGGCCCUCCCGGCCCGCCUGGCCCGCCUGGGAAAAGCGGCGAAGCGGGCCCGCGCGGUCCGUCUGGGCUUGAUGGUCUCAACGGUGAGCCUGGCGUGCAAGGGCCUCCAGGAAAACCAGGCGAGAUAGGUCCAAAGGGCGAAAAGGGCGACUAUGGCGAUAUGGGCUCACCGGGCAUGCUGGGCGCACCUGGGCUGCCCGGACCUCCCGGAUAUCCAGGCCUCAAGGGCGACAAAGGAGACAAGGGAGACUCGAAGUACAGAAAGCUGAGGAGGCGGCAGGGAGACGGCACCGGCUACGAGCUGUACGGACAUGAAAUUAUGAUGGGCCCGCCGGGGGCGCCGGGUCCGGCGGGGCUGCCCGGCGUGGCGGGCCCUCCUGGCAUCAAGGGCGACAAGGGCGAGCCGGGCGUGCGAGGCAAGAUCGGGGACAGAGGGGAAAAAGGUGACGCGGGACCGAUGGGAUUACCGGGUCCAGUUGGUCUACCAGGCGAGCCAGGCGAGCCAGGCCGGACAGGCGACUUAGGCCCUAGAGGCCCUCCUGGACUCGACGGCAUGAAGGGCGCGCAGGGCGAGCCGGGCAGCAAGGGAGAACGCGGUGACCCGGGGCUACCGGGUACGGAUGGCAUUCCAGGACAAGAGGGCCCGAAGGGCGACAAAGGAUAUAAAGGAGAACCCGGUCCAGCUGGAAAGCGCGGGCGGAAAGGAGACAAAGGUGAUAAGGGCGAGCAAGGCGUGCCAGGACUGGAUGCGCCGUGCCCGCUUGGCCCCGACGGUCUACCAUUACCAGGAUGCGGAUGGCGGCCCGCUAAGGAGUCCGCGGCGGCGCUACCUCGGGAGCCAGGCGAAGAGGGCGCGGGAGGGGGAGGGCCGGGGGGCGUAGGGGAAGAGUCAGAGGAAGAUCCCGGCGAAGAGUACGAUGCGCGCGAGGAUGAGCUUGACGCGCCCCGCGAUUACGAUGACUACACCGACAACGCAAACCUCGCCCUGCACCAUGACUGA